GAUACUUCUCAGUGGGUCCCAGUCUCUGUAAAAUCCGCUUACACUUGCAUCCUGCUUUGAUUAUAUAUCUUCUCUCUCUCGCACAUUUCAGACUUCCUUUAAUUAGCCUUCCACACAACGCCAAAUACCGUCCUCUUCCUUAUUUACCUACUUCCACUUUCUCUCUCUAUAUCUGCAAAAACUUCUUACUGUUGCUCUCUGGGUUCUGGAUGACCAGACUGGUAUUGGGUUAGAGAGAUAGACAGAUAGGAGGCAUGGGUUCAUGUGCAUCACUGCAUAGAAGCUCGGACUCCGCCAUGAAACUCGUGAUUCCACCUUCACCCAUAAAGGAAAUUCCCACCAAUGGGAAUCCUCCGAUCGAAAACAACAACGUUGUCGCUGCUAAGUCCCAGUGGCCGGCUUCUCGGCAAGCCGCUAGUUUUGGAGGAUACGGUAGCAAAGAAGAAACCUUUUUUGAUUCCCAAGCAUGGUUAGAUUCGGAUUGCGAUGAUGAUUUUUUUAGCGUCAAUGGUGAUUUCACCCCAUCCCGUGGCAACACUCCACUCCAUAAUAACUUCUCAACCGGGAUUCCUCGAGUCGACAAAGUCCAUUCUGAGAACAGAAUUCCUGGUUCCCCUCAUGAGCCAUCCCCAAAAAAGAAAUUAAUUGAGCUUUUCCGAGAGAGCAUCCGACAGGACCAAGAUGUCAACAAUCUAAAUACCUCAGGCAACCAGAACAUUUCCGACGGAAAGAUGGAAGUUAAACCAACUGUACUUGACGUCCCUCCAAAGUCGGCACAUGGUACCCCUUAUGGAACUAACUCUGUAUGUAGUAGUGAGAGGACCUCUAAUGGAGACCUCUUAACAGAGAAGGAGAAACCAUUUAGGCCUGUGCAGUGUUGUCUUCCCAGCUUGAUCUCAUGCCGUAGCUUUAGCGAGAGGAAGAAGAAGAUGGACCCUUCUAUAGCAGUUGUUGAUUAAGCUUUUGGUUUAUAAUGCCUCCGGUACAAGAUAAAUGGAAGAAUCCAGGUUCUCUGAUCUUUGGGGAUCACAAGUUCUGAGCUUCUCUGACUUUGCGUUUCCUCAGAUAUUGUAAAGUGUGAGAUAUAUCUCAUCUGUUAAGAACUCAUGUCAUAUAUGGAUUCAAGGGCAUGUAGAAAAAAGCAAUAGUGGAGAUGUUAAAUGUUAAAACUCCACCGAGGGAUUUUUUUAUCUUAAUCAAUCUUAGAAAUGGGUUUGUAUCUUCACGUUGGUGGUAGUUUUUUUUUUUUUUUUUGCCUACUUUUCGGCAUGGCUGGUGGAUAAUAAUGUAAUUUUAUAUUCCCGAGAAAAGAAAAACAAAGAACAGAGAAGGGGAAAUCGAAAUA